AUGGUAUCGGUCCAGCAUCAGGCUCAGGUUGACAGACCGGCUGAUGAAGACACCCAGUCACGACAACCAUGUCAAAAGUCUCGAACCAGUGAUAAAGCUAGGACAUCAGUUGCUGAUCUAAUGAAGCGCAGAAAAAUCCAAGUCCUAUGCCUUCAGGAGACCAGCUGGAAAGGAGCAAAGGCCGGCGUAGCCGAAGAUUGUGUUAAGCCCUACUACAACGGAAAAAACAAUGGAUGA